CGUAAAUAACUGUCCUUUAAUUGAGCCCCCGUGAAGUCUGUAAUUUACCCAUCUAACUAACCUAGAUCGCAUUCUUCUGUGGCGGAGCUGACCAUGGGUGCUUCGCCGGGCACUUCGCCGGAGCAAUCCCACCCCUUUCUCUCUUCACCACCGCCGCCUCCGCCUCCACCUCCGCCUCCGCCGUCGCCCCCUCGGGCUACGGUUCCCAUUUACGGCUUUCCGACCCACUUCCCCUUCGUAGACAACCCUCCUGCUUAUCUUCUGCUACCCGUCUACCCCCUCCAACGUCGCCGCCGACGACGUUGCUGCUGCUGCUUCCUUCAAGUUCUAUCCGCCUCUUCUUCUCUUAUCGCCGUCAUUUUCUCCUUCCUCCUCUUCGCCUGCGCCAUCUUCCUUCUCUGGCCCUCCGACCCUGAGCUGAGCUUCACCGGCCUUCGCCUUAAUCGGUUUAGCAUUGCACCUCCACCCCUCGCUAAGAUUGACAUUGCAAUGGCUCUGGAGAUCAAGAUCCGUAAUCCUUCUUUUUUUGCGGUCAACUAUAAUUCGACUGUUUCUUCCCUUAUCUACCGCGGGGAUCUGCUCGGAUCCGUGUCAACUGUUGGUGGCCGCAUCGCGGCUCGAAAGGUAUCUUAUGUUGCCGCGGAUCUUCAUCUUGAUGGGAUUAGGGUUCUAGAAGAUGUGCUUUACUUGAUUGAGGAUGUGGCUAAGGGGUCUGUGGAAUUUGAUACUGUCACUGAGGUCCAUGGAUGGCUUCGACUCUUCUUCUUUGACGUUCCUAUUAAGGGAAAAAUUUCAUGCACAACUCGUGUAAAGCCAGAUGAUCAAACUAUCAGUUUUCAAAAUUGUUAUCCUGUGUGACACAAUGAUGAUUGAGGCGGAGGAUCCAAGUUGAUAAUGGUAAAUCUGAUUUUACAUUGGUAAGUUUUAAUUUGACAUACUAUUACUAAUAUUGUACUUUUGUAAUAUAUGGCAUUAACAAUGACUACUUUUGAACUAUCACUGUAAAUAAGCUAUAGGAAUCUGUCUAGUGUGGUUAUGCUGCCUGUAUUGUAGUCUACUUUUUUUUUUUUUUUUU